GGAAAUUUCAUGUGUGCUUUGAAUACUCAAGCCAAGCUGCGAUAUUCAAUGGUACUAACGAGGAUAGAAAUUGAGAGAGAGAAGCUUGAGAUGAAACUGGAUGGUAUACUGCAAUCUCAAAUGAAGCUAUUGAAAACAUGGAGAAGUAUGAAAAGGCAAUAUGUAGCUGCAAUCACCUUAUUGCAAGAAUGUUUGUAUUCUGUUGCAUGCAGAGUUCAUCUUUUGGAAGGUGCUCAGGCUGACGAGAUUGCUGGAUUGCUAUCAGAAUUAGCAGAAGUUGUUGUACAGGAGAAGUUUCUCUUACAGGAAUUCAAUGAUAUGUUCCAUACCAUGUGUCUCCUUCAGGUAACUAAAUGUGAUUUAAUGGAUCAGCCAGAGUUAUGA